AUGGAUUCAUGCAAAUGCCCCAUUACGAAUGAACUAUUUGAAGAUCCGGUUAUAGGUGACGAUGGACAUACAUAUGAACGAAAAGCAAUUACAGAAUGGUUAACAAAAAAUGGAAUAAGUCCAAUCACACGACAACCUAUGAAUAUUGACUCAUUGAAAGCAAAUUAUACAGUGAAAAAAAUGAUUGAAGAAUUGAGAUCCAUAUCACGACCACAACAAGCUCAAUAUCGAUUUGAACUCGAUGUCGAUAUUCGAAAAACAAGAACAAGACCGUUGUUUCAAGGCUUUGGCAAAUCAAUCUAUGAAGUUGAGUGGAUUAAUCGCAAGGGGCCACCCAUUAUUUUACUCAAAAUUGAUGGAGCCAAAGCCAAUCGAGAAGCUUCAUUUUACGUUCAACUCAGUUGUCAUCCUAGCAUUGUUCGAACCUUUGGACUUGUUCAGUGUAAUCCUGGUUCAGUUAUGCUUCUUCAAGAAUGUGCUCCGCAUGGAGAUCUCUCCGAACUGUUGCGAGAAAAUGGAUUCAAACCGGCAGAACGAGUUUUAAGAAAAAUAUUUGAGCAAAUAUGUGAUGCCAUGAUUUGUCUCGUAAACAAUGGAAUUGUUCAUGGCGAUUUGGCCUGUCGUAAUGUUCUCGUUUUUCGAUCAAAUUCCAUUGAACCUAAAGAGAAUUUAGUAAAAUUAACCGAUUUUGGUUUAACAAGAGGAAGUACAGUUUAUUCAAUGAUCGAUAGUCCAUCAAUGUCAACAAUGACAAUCAUUCCUGUGCGUUACGCUGCUCCUGAAAUUCUCAGAAAUCCAGAUAGAAUAAGCUAUUCUGAAAAGUCCGAUGUUUAUUCAAUGGGCGUUCUGAUGUGGGAAGCUUGCUCUUAUGGUCAAUUACCUUAUUCCUCUUUACAUAGUGAUGAUGAUGUUAGACAACGAAAACUAAAUGAUGACAGACUUCCACAGUCAACUUCAUGCAGUGAUCAGCUGUGGACCAUUAUUAAUGAGUGUUGGCAGCAAGAAUCUCUGAAGCGUCCAACCUUUGAAGUUUUAAAAGAAUCAUUGCUGAUGCUUGAGAUUGAAUUAACACACAGGUACAUUAGAAUUCACUUUAUAUUUCAAAGAUAA